AUGCUGCUGAUAGGAGACAUCGAUGUGGUCGAUACGUGGAAGGAGAUUGAGGAGACUCUGCAGUGGCAGAAGUCGAAGCUGGAGGGAGCAGAGAACUCGACGGAAAGCGAGAGUUUUUAUCUUUCGCUCGAGGACCGUGGCAUCUUCACCAAAGGGAAGCCGAGACGCUACAAGCUUGGAGGCUGGGAUGGAGGAGUGGAAUGA